GCGGGGGGUGUCAUUUAUCGUUAUGUGUUCCUUGUCCGAUUAAAUUAAUCGGCGAGUUGCACCUCUUUACAAAAUAACCAAAAUUUUAAAUUUAGUUUAUUUAUUGAUUUGCCCGAAUCAUGAGUUGAAUCAAUUGUAGAAAUAGCUAUUGUUUAUUUAUAUUCCCCUGUUUGAUACAUAAAAGUAGUUGAAUCAUGAAGCUAGACACUGAAUACUUGGAUCAGGAACAUUUAAAUGGAUUCGAUAAUUAUAAGUACAAUUGCAAGGAUACCGGGCUCCUCAGUAUCUAUGUUAUGCAUCCGUUUUGGGAUUGGGUAGUACAGUAUUGUCCGAAAAACAUAGCUCCAAAUCUACUGACGUUCAGUGGUUUCCUCUGCACAGUCGCCAUGUAUCUAAUGUUUUGCAUUAUGGAUUAUGAUUUUACCGCAUCGGACAUUGAUCAUCCGGAAGUGGCAAAUUUACCUAGGUGGACGUGGUUUACUGCUGCUAUAUUAUUGUUCCUUGCAUACACAUUAGAUGGUAUAGAUGGUAAACAAGCCCGCAGGACGGGCACAAGUGGCCCUCUAGGGGAACUCUUCGACCACGGGUUGGAUUCGUACACAGCCGCCCUAAUCCCAGCGACAAUGUACUCGAUAUUCGGACGAGGGGCACGUUACAGUUUACGCCCCAUCCGUAUGUUUUUUACCAUGUGGAACGUUCUAUUCAAUUUCUAUUUGUCUCACUUUGAAAAAUACAACACCGGCGUCAUGUUUCUGCCGUGGGGCUACGAUUUUACUAUGUGCGGUAUGAUUGUAGUGUUUUUUAUUACCGGAGUUGCUGGCUCAAAUUUAUGGCAAUACAGUCUACCAGGAGGAAUAACCAAUGGUUUAAUAGUAGAAGUAGUACUUUAUAUUUCUUCAACGUCCACUAACUGGCCCAUGGUGUUUUCUAAUAUUUACAAGUCGUACAGAGAUAAAACGGGCCAUAUGAGGACUUUUCCGGAAGCUGUGAGACCGCUCAUACCUCUGGUUGGAGUGUUUUCUAUCACUCUAUUGUGGGUGAUGACGAGUCCGUGGGAUAUCUUGGACCGAGAUCCUAGGGCUGUGUUUUUGUUAAUGGGAACAAUAUUUUCAAACAUAUCGUGUCGUCUAAUCGUUGCCCAAAUGAGCAGCACCAGAUGCGACUGGUUCAAUUGGAUGCUUGUUCCCACAUUAUUAGCCAUAUUGGUAUCUGUAGUGAGUCGCCUUGCCAGCUUAGAAUUAUCGUUACUGUACCUGUUGUGUCUGGGUACCUCUAUUGCUCAUAUCCAUUAUGGAACUUGUGUGGUUCGUCAAAUGUGCAGACAUUUUAAUAUCAAUUGUUUCACAAUAAAGAAGCAUUUAGAUUGACAUGAUGCCGACAACGCGUGAUCGACUCGAGGAUCAAGUGUUGUCCCUCGGAACCCUAUCGUUUUUUUUUUAUUCGGUUGUUUUUAGUUUUGUUACUUGCCCCAAUGGUUUUUGCUGCUAAUGUUGACAAUAGCCCAAAAUUGUACUAGGGCCUUAGUACGAUAAUUGCUCAAGUUUAAUUUAGUGUAGUCACCUGUUUUUUAAUAUUAAACAGGAUCUAUUCUCUAACCUGGCUAGCCUGAACCAUUGUUUUUUUUUUUAUGUAUAUAAUCUUAUGUAUACUUUUUUUUUGUAAGUAUGUUUUCAUACUAUAUUAUUAUUGUUUUUAAGUACUAACAUUUGUUUUCCCAUUUUUGUAGCCAAAGUUACUACUAACACAUUUCGGGAUUAUCUGAUCUUUAGGUUGUGAUUUUUAUUAUUCAUUAUUUUUUUUUUUGUUGUUAAAUCUUACACUCUACAAUAUUUUGAACAAAAUAACCUCAAGAAUUAUGAAUUUUCUUCUAAAAUCAUUUUACUAGAAGCCACAUUUGCUGUGGUUCAAACUCAAAAAAAUGAUUGAGAAAUUGUUGAUUUGCCAAAUUAUGGUGUGCAAUAAGGGCAGUUAGGUAUUAGCUUUGUUCCAGCCCAGCUGGGAAAUGUACAUUUCACCGUCAGGAUUCUGCGCAAAACGUAAAAUUUGUGCGUAGAAUCCGAAAUUCGUAUACAAAGUGCUUCCGAAACCAUUCUUGGGAGAGAUAAUGAAUGGAUUUUAGUGACUUUCCCAGUAUCCAUAUAUAGAUUACUCUGUUUUUGUAUCAAAUUUACUCAAUCAAUAGCUCUCUAUGAAAACUGUCGUGCACAAUACAAAUGUAUGAUAAAGUCUUGAGCCAUGAUUUCAAGCUAUCGGCUCGAAAAUGUUGCCAAGGAAUGGAAUAUUCAAGGACUUUGUAAAAUUCUCCAUCCAUAUUUUUCAGAUACAACCAAAUAACUGAGAUCUUUGAUUUCUCACGUCUAACUUAACUGCACUAAAAAUAUUAGCAAUUUUUAUUGUUCAAAAUACUGUAAAUGGUAAAUUUUGAUUUUUUUUUUUUGGGUUUAAACUUCGGGGGACUUAACUAGUUCUGAAAAGUGUUGAUUCCAAAAAUAAUUUGCAUUUAGAGAGGCUGUAUGUAAUGACAUUUUAUUUAUUUUCUCUAUAUUUAGGGAAUAAUUAUUAUUGUAAUUUCUUGUACAAUAAGUGAUUCUCUUUUUAUAAGUCGAUUUUGGUGAAUAUUUAUCCUGCGCAUUUUCAUGGGUUGAAUUUUAUAUACUGUGCCAUAUUAGGAUUAGAUCUGACAAGUGAAGGCUUGAAAAUGCGCGGGAGUACUCAAAAAUUUUCAUACUAAACUACUUUUUAGUGUAGGGUUUACAAAUUGCUAUCUAGGCCAUUUAAUCACUUUUACACAGUUAUUAAAUAGCCUGAAGUUAGUCUUGAUCAAAAUAAUGACAAUUAUUUUUAUUCGAUAUUAUUUGUUUAAGUAUACUUUUUUUGCCAGUAGUUAUGUUCUGUAUAAUAUACAGAUUUUUUUUAAUUGUUUAAAACAUUGUGGGUAAU